CCCCAGCUCACUCACAUCAACAAUGGAAAUUGUCGGAAAAGUCGUCGAUGGCCUGCAGAACUUCCGCGAGCAGCGGUUAUCUGGCCUCAAGCCGCCGCAGGAGUUUUUCGACCACCGCCAGCUGUCGCGCCCGCGGGACAUGAACGAGGCCACGCAGCGCGUCACGUACAACGCACGCAACUUCAGCGGCAACUACCUCUUGAUCGUUGUGCUCCUCGCCGUGUGGGCUCUCCUCACCAAUCCCCUCCUCCUAAUCGUCAUCGGCCUCUUCGCCGGCGGCUUCGCGGCUAUCAACAAGUUCGGUCCUGACCCCGUCACCGUCGGCAACCAGGUCAUCACGCAGAAGACCCUCUACAUUGCUCUCUUUGUCAUCGGCAUCCCGCUGCUUAUCAUCGCAAACCCCCUCAGCCUUUUCUUCUGGCUCAUCGGCUCAAGCGCUAUUCUUAUCCUCGCCCACGCCGUCCUUAUGGAGCCAGGGGUCGAGAGCGAGUACUCCUCCGUCGAGCAGGUGUAAGCUGCCCCAAGACCACGACUGGCCGCUCCGUACUCAGUCCUCAACCCUCCUCCUCGAACUACAUUCCCCCUCUCCCCCGCACCUCAACCGCGCGCGCUCGCAGCGACUAGAUUAUGCUAUGACUCUGGAUGCAUCCCUAGACCCAAGACAUCACCUAGCUAAUCGCCUGUACCCUCCGUGGCGCUACAUCUUUCACUCGGGGGAAGCCACCGCCCUUCUCCGGCGGUCGCAUCACCAACUGCCGCUGCGAG